AUGAGGCACACUUUAAAAGAGGAUGAUUCUACAGGGUCAUUGAUGACCCAAAGAGAGGAUAGUAAUUACGAGUCUGAUAUUGACAGUGAAUACAAUAUAUUUUUGGAUCAUCUUAAGGAAGAUGGCAGGUCAUAUGUCUUUGAAAUGUCACCUAAUUUUGUCAAAUAUGAAGAAGAGGAUGGUUUUUUUAGUGAUGAUGGUGGAGAAAUUCAUGGUAAUAUAGAAACAUGUCCAAGGCUGCGGAGCUAUGCUGUAUGCAAAGAGAAAGUGGCGUAUGGACAAUCUGAGAGAGAGAUACUAAAGCAUCUUAAGCUGAGAAAAAUUGCUAUUGAUCCUUGUUAUGAGAUAUUCCUACGUCGUGUUCAGGUGAGGGGUGGCUCCUUACUCCUCAAAUUAGCCAACGGCACGACUGUCAAUUAUGAAGAACAAAUCGAAACCCCAACUACAUCAAUCACAACUGAGGUAACUCCUAUUCCUGCCAAAGAUUCGGAAUGGCAGUGUAAAUCUUCCAUAUUUUAUUAUUCAUUUGUAAGUGAUUACAGCUUUUAAUUGACUGGUUUCAGGUAGAUCAAAAUUUUUCAUUUUCUUUGCUAAAAAUAUUGUGUAAUUUCAGGCGGCUGUGUUUGAGGAUAACGAAGCAUCCGGUGAAAAUCGCAGAUGCAGUAAGAAAUCUUACUUUAGGAAAAGACUGGAAACUAUUAGUGGUAAACCAUUUGAUCAGGACGAGUUUGAACAUCUUUUUAAUGAAGUAAGAAUUUCUAAACCGAUCGAGAAAGAUAAACAGUUACGUGGUGCUACAAAGACAUAUCAAACCACAGAAAUGGGAAAAUCCUAUUUCGAUCAUCACCCAGGUAAGUCGAUGUGCAUAUGCCACAAUUUUUAGUUUGAGAUAUAUUCCAUGCUAUCUUCUAUAAAGAAAUUUAAAUACUAAUAUGACGCUUUCAGACACAUUACUCAAUCCACCUUGGCAUUUGUAUUAAAAGAUACCUCGUUUUAGUCUACGAAUGUUUCAGCACGCUAAAGAUUUAACUCUAAAUAUCAAAGUUGUACGGGCACUACUUGUUUCUUCAAUCUUAUUCAUUUAUGCUUUCAUCAUUUAUUAUUUACUUUUAUUUCCAACUGAAUUAAAUUUCGAAAAAAAAAUUCUUCGAUUUAAAUAAUCCAGCAUUGCUUAUUUCUUCUAUUUUAAAAUGUUUGAUUAUUCUUGAAAUAUUUCAUUUGAAGCCAAAUAGUCAGCUUUUUGUGUGAGUUUUUUCUCUACCGCCUACUGGAUCACUUUUUUUUAUCCUCCUUAUUCAUUUAAGUCAAUUAUAUGUUUCUUAACUAUUAGAUGUUAAUACUUAGAAGGGAACUACCUCUCAAAUCCAUGUUAACCAAGAAAGGGCCACUUACUCAGUGAAGUAUCUUUAGAUGGAUAUGGCUGCAGGUUUGAUUACCACAGAAAACCUUAUUGAAAAUGCUCAUAAAUUUUAAGUCAUUUCACAAGCAAAGGUGAUAGGUUACGGACAUCAAUAUUUUAAAUUAUGGCGUCAAUGGAUCAAAAACCAAUCUAUAUAUCAAUCAAUUAUACCAAUCCCAGGAAAUCUUGGUUGUCCCUCAAAUGCAUAAUCUGUCAUGAAUCUUGUAAUCAGAUUUGAAAAAUAUGAAAAGAUUUAAAGACUUUUGAGCUAUAAAAAUCACAAAUCUAAUUUUCAUUUCGAACUAAAGCAUCAGGCAUCAAAUGUCCAAUAAGUAAAUUAGCUAACAUUUGUAACAUUACAAAUGCCAUGUUUUAGGUUAAAAAAGAAACUAAUAUCCGGCAUUUUUUUACGUUACAAAAUUAUAACUGUUCUAUCCAUAAAUAUAUCUUUGUAACAUUGUAAAUAGUAUUCUCACUCGAUUCUGAGCUUUUCCCAGCUUUUAAGACAAUGACAAUUUGAGUACUCCAUUGAUUAGAUAGUAGAAUAUCUGUGUUUGCAUGUUGUCUGUGGGCAAUAGAUCCUCCAAUUCUGUCUGGGUUUCUCGAGUGGAACCAAUUCCACUAAUGUUGUGGAUCCCACCAUUUCUUCUGUUUUUCGUCCCCACAAAUUCUGUAUGGCUGCUUGAAAACUGUAUUACUUGCAUUAUGCAGUUAUUGAAUUAAAAUGUUGUCAUAGCGAAGGAAUAUCAUGGGAAUAUUCUACUAUCGUUUAGCUUUUUCAAUUCAAUAUCUUGAGAAAGAAAAGUAUUCUCAGCUCGGAGGGAGAGAGGAUGGGACCUCUGACCUGUGGGUUCAGCUGUGGAUGAUCCUCGUAAAUUCUUCCGAUUAAAUUUAUUUCAAAUUAUGCUGAAAAAUUAUAAAAUUUCAUCUUUACAUAUUUAACCUUUUUGUCCAUAUACCCUUUCAUAACCCAGACAUUUUUUUUUGCAAUUAUUCUAAAUAGCAUAAUUAAUUUUCUUUAUGAUACAUAUUUUUCCUUAAAUUCCUAGAUUUUGCCAAGAAGGUUAAGACGGCUUGCUGUGACGUCCACCGUUUCAAGCUGCUCCAUGGCUUCUUCUUCUGGUUGCAGGUACCGGGUUUUCUCCCACGCCCAUCCUUUUAUCCUCUCCUCAAAUUUGCCUCUUCUGCCAAUUUGGUUGGUUGGAUUCUUUACUAUUUCGGUAGAUUUCUUGGAGGGUUCUUAGGGUUAUUUCUAAAUCUCUUGUUCAAAACUCUUCCCAGAAUCUGUGCCACGAUGGAUCAUUCAGACCCUGGUUAGAUGAUUGCUUCAACUCCUGCGACUAUUGCCAGUGA